AUGGCCGCCCGAAACCCACCCUCUACGUUCCCUGCUAAACCCACACAAUCCAUGUUCACUUGCAAAAGCUGUCGCCAGCGCAAGCGUCGCUGCUCACGCGAGAAACCUCGCUGCGGACGCUGCAUUCGUCUUAACAUCCCAUGCGUCUACGAAUUACCUCCCAAGCACCUGAUCCGGCGCAGCACUAACGGCGAGAUACUUGCACCACCUAACCCUGACCUCUCUAUUGAAACUACUACGCCACCACCACAAAUUUUACCGCUAUCAGUGCCACUGCCGCAACAGAUAAAACCACUAUCCCUUUCGGAAACCCCUCAGAUUCCUCUCGUUUCCGUAAACUCCAUCGAUACUGACACAACGGUGGCCAAUCAUCCAAUCAAAGCGCAUUUCCACACGACCCUUGAUCUCAAUUCCCAUAUCGUAAAAGACCCUUUCUUCCUUGAGUUUGCCGUUUCCGCAACCGUCUGCGGCCCGCAACUCGCCCGUGAUCUCAACUCCAACCAUAUAGGUCACUUGUGGUUCGGUCUCUCACUAGGAUGUCAUCAUCUUCUAGAACUCUUGUUUGUCGAUCCUCCCGCACAGCAGCCACAAACACGCCCUUUUGGAACCAACAAGCCUAGAAACAGUUCCAUUGCAUUUCAAGAGUGUACCGAACUUCUAAAAGAUAUAGCCAGCGCUUUGCCUUCCAUGCAGGCCAUCGAGACAUACAAAGUGCAAUUUUAUCAAAAUGUUUACACCGCUGUGCCAGUUCUUAACAUUCAGGCUUUCGAGCGCUCUUUUCAAAAUUUCGUUAUUGAAGCGCCUGAUGGUUCUGCUAAAUUGAACACCGACCCUGCAAACCCAUGGGCUAAACUUUCUCAUCUGGUCAUCUUGUUAAUGGCCAUACGAAUGGGGAAUGUCUGUCUGUGUUUGUAUAACGAAAGGAUCGAACAAGAUGCGGCUCACAGACAACAAACAGAAGCAUGGCUAUGCCAAAAUCCAGUCUCCAGAGAUGUUCUUAUACUGAUAAAGAGAUGUUUAGAACUGUUAAACAUCUAUGAUAAUCCCACCGAGGAUAUUUUAUGUUGCAUGAUUUAUCUUCGAUCAAAUUUACUGCUAGAAGGUACCGAUAUGUGGUCAGCGUUGGGCGUAUCCAACGCCGAAAUGCUAGAGGCUACUGUUUAUUUAGGAUUCAAGAUGAAUUUGUUCAACAAUGUCAUAGGAAAUACGAAAGAGAACGAAUUCCAAACUAAUGUCACCGUACAAGAAAAAUUAUAUCGUCGGAAACUGUGGCUUUCAAUUUGUUCGACAAGCUUACACGAGCACACAUUGAGAGGAGGCAACUCUUUCGUCAAGGCCAACCAACUCCGGCAAUUCUCCGACCACUACCGAGUUUUUGACGACUAUCGUGCUAUAUCACUUCGUGAAUUACCUUCAGAUGACCAAAUAGAACUGGAUUACCACAUAAUGCUUUUGAAAAAUCAUCAAUUCAUGGAAGUACUAUGCGAUAUUGAAGAGAGCCAUCAAAGCAAUGAUGAAUUUUUAGAGGACAAGGUACACGAGAACGAACGGCUGGCACUUUUUUUUAAAGACGGCUUUCCCGAUGCUGACCCAUCUUACAAGAUCGAUAUGAGUUUGCCCCUAUAUCUUCUAUGCAAUUCAGGCCAAAUUCCAGUAAGGAUUGGGUCUGUCAAACAAAUUGCCGUCUUCCAAACACGUUUUGCACUUUUGAUCAAACAGUUAUCCAAUUCGUCUCUGCUAAUGUUCUAUUACGAAAAAGAAUAUAAGCACUCGAAGCAACCGGAAUCAUUCUCCGGUUUCGAACAUCAUCUUAUUGACUCAAUGAAGAUAGUUUUUCAACUUUUCGAGUACUAUAAAGAUUAUGCUUUCGGCCGACUAGCCGAAGUGACUCCAAGCGCAAUGCGCUAUAUUUUGGCCAACACAAUGACUCCAAUUUUCAACAGAGUCAUUCUAGUUACUCACGGCAUAAUGCUUCGAUUUCUUUUCCUCCUUGAAGUCGCUACAUUCGACAAUCAAACUGAAAAGAUUGAAGUAUUGAAACGAAUAUUGAGCGCUUUACGAUCUUUUCUACUAGUGACAAGCGAUUGUAUGAAGAUGGAAUUUCUGGCUCCUAGGGCAAGCGAUGCGAACCAAUUUUUUGUAAAACUUUUUGACUUGGGAAAUGUACGGUCAUCCAUCAAAAGCUAUAGUACUUUAAAACCAGCCGAGUUAGUCAUGCACAAGGACGCUAUACGCAUCUGCAAACCAGGAUAUUCUGAUUACUACAGCAACGCCGUACGACAGUUAAGCAUUGCUUCACUUCGAAAAAUACUGGAGUUAAUGGAUGAAGUAAGCUUUACCAAGAGAAGUGGUUCCCCUGUGAACUUUAUGGACAGCUUGUAG